AUGCCACAGCUCCCUUCUGUUUCAGAGCUAAUGAUCGGAGCACAACUCCCACUCCAGCAAGAUCGUCCAGCCCCUCGGCCACAGUAUACAUCUGACGUGAGUCCACGUCAUGCCGAGCCCAUUUUAUUCCAGCCGCGUCAUGGUCUGCAAGAUCAGACAGCUUCAGGCUUUGCUUCUAACAUAUCUCCACGAUCUGUUGGUCCUCCUACGACGUCACAAGUUCCAAAAGACUAUUUCAGUUAUCACCACGUGAAUCAUGAUCCGCGAGCGGGUUCGAUACUGCUGGUUGAAUCUCAUCCACAUCCAAAGCUCGUUCAAAGUCAUAGCGGCCCAACUAUUUCAACGUCACAUAUGGCGCGCAGUGAAUCUUCGCCAGGCGGGGACGUACCGCAGUUCCCGCAGGUGACAUACAUGCCCUUUGCGUCAUACAACGCAGCCCCCGUGGUAUCGACGCCUUACAAUCCAUACGCACAAAUGGGCGCAGGCCCGGUGCCGCCCUAUGCAUAUGGCAUGCUGACUAUGGGUCAGAGUUAUGUUCCCCCCUACGGCGUGCAGUAUUACACGCCCAUGAUGAUGGGACCUGGCCCGGAUUCCAGCGUGCCGCGCGCCAUGGAGGAGUGCAAUAACGCGCUCUUGAAGAAACGACGCAUCAUCAAGCGCAGGACGCGAACAGGGUGCCUCACAUGCCGCAAAAGGCGCAUCAAGUGCGACGAGCGCAAACCUCACUGCUUCAAUUGCGAGCGCUCUAAAAAGCUUUGUCUCGGAUACGAGACACCUAAUGCAGGCGCACGCCGCAGCGUGGACGAAUCUGGCGAGGAAAAAUCGCGCCAGUCAUCCAUCAACGAUCUGGCGUAG